AUGUAUCAAAAAGCAGUCAUUCAAAAUGUGGUAUCCACAGCCAGUCUGCUAGAAAAUAACAACAAGCUAGAUCUUAGGCAACUUGAAUCUAAUAUUCCUAAUGCUAAAUAUCGUCCUGAGCGCUUUUCUGCUCUAACAGCUAAGAUUAAAGAACCAAUAAUUGCUACAGCACUUCUUUUUUCUAAUGGACGAAUAGUUUGUGUCGGAACAAAAUCCGUAAAUGCCUCGAGAACGGCCUUAGGCCAUUUUGUCAAACUAAUUUCUGCAGCAUCAACAAUAUCAAUAAAUAUGCGAGAUUUUCGUAUUCAAAACAUCGUCUCUUCUUUUACAUUUGGAGGAUGCAUAAAUUUACCAGGUAUCUUAAUUGUUAUCUAUUUUUACCUUUUUAGCCUUAUAUGA